UUCAUUCAUUUUUUAAAAAAAGAUUUAUUUUAUUUAUUUGAAAGAGUUACAGAGAGAGGUAGAGCCAGAGGGAAAAAGAGAGAGGUCUUCCAUCCACUGGUUCACUCCCCCAGUGGCCGCAAUGGCCAAAGCUGAGCUGAUCUGAAGACAGACAUCACAGUUACAAAUCUCAGUUUGCAGAAACAGAUGUGCAUAACAAAUCUCUUUAUAUUUCUAUGACUGUUACUGUUUUACAUCUCCAGCCGCACAGGUGGUAGAAAUUUAAUUACAACCAAUUCGGGGCCCAAGGACUUGGACCAUCUUCUACUGCUUUCCCAGGCCAUAUCAGAGAGCUGGAUUGGAAGUGGAGCAGCCAGAACUCGAACCUGCGCCCAUUUGGGAUGCCAGAGCUCCAUCCUGGGGGCUCUAACCUGCUGUGCCACAGCGCCAGCCCCAAAUUGAUCCAUUUUUAAUUUUCCCUUGUCAACUCUCCUCCUGCCCUCAGAAGGUGGGAUUGGCUUGUACUUGAGAAGCAUCCUCUCAAGUCCUUUGUCUAUGUUCCAUGUCUUUUUGUAUCCUUUAUGUUAGUUAAAAUGGGAUAAAAACCAAUCUGGCGAGAAGGAAAAUGUUGAGGGGAGGAUUAGUAUUUCAAGAAUACUAUCCUGCACCCCAAGUAAGUUGAAAGUGAGAAGUUGGAAACUGAGUUAAAGAAUAUGUUGUCUCUAAAGAGAAAUACCCAAAGAAAAGAAGGAAAAAGUUGAGAGGUGCCUUAGGAACAUUUAUGAAUAUUUCAUUCACAGACCAGUGAACAUUUCUACCCUUCUCACUCUAACUCCCACCUGUAUUUGCUUUGUGGGAAUUUUCAGAAGUGAGAUACGUUGCCAUUUUGCUACUUUGUAUCUGAACAUGAGUGUGCCCAAUUUCCAGUGUUUUAUGGAUUUUAUAGCUCGAUAAAUUAUAGACAAUAAAUUUAUAUGAAUGAUUAAAAGCAGUUAACAUAACUGGACAUAGUAAAGCUGUGCAGGGUUAUGUGCACAGGAGGAACUGCAUAAAUGUUUACUAUUUGAAGAAUCAAUGUUAGAAGGUAAUUCAAUAUUAUCUUUUGCUCAAAUGGUAUUUAACAGCUUGGAGAUCAGUACAUAAACACUAGAGAAUGUAUUUCAUUAAAAGGUCUCAGCAAGGCAGUUAGUUGUUGAAGGCUGACAUGGAGACAGGUGUUACAGUGGCUAAGUCACAUCUUGGGAUGCUCACAUCCCGUAUCAAGAUACUGACUGAAAUGCUGGCUCCCCGACUUCUGACACAGCUUCCUGUUUGUGCAUACCCAGGAGGCAGCAGGUGAUGGCUCAAGUACUUGGGUCCUUGAGUUCUGGGCUCCUGGCUUCAGCUUGGCUUAGCUCUGGCUGUUACGAGCAUUUGGAGAAUGAACCAGUGGAUGGGAGAUCUCUCUCCCCUCUCCCUUUCUCUCUCUUCCCUCUUCUACCUUCCAAGUAAAAUGAAAAUAGAUAGAUAGAUGGAUAAAGACUAUUGACAAUUUAAAAAACAAACAAACACCCAAUGCCACUCUACAGCCUGUGUUAAGGAUCCUGGACUUUAACUCUGUGAUUGGAGGUAUUAUUACAGCAAAGAGCUGACUUGCAAAAUGGAUCAUGGAGAUCAAAGGCUAUAAGUUAAGAUGUUUGCCUUUUAAAAAGUCAGCUCUAUGCUGAAUGUCAGUUUGCAACUUUCAUCUGGAAGCUACAACAUGGAUUCAUGGUAUUUGGCUUGGCUUCUGUUCUUUGCAGCUCUUCUGGUGGCUUCUGGCCUGGUAAGGAAUCAAUGUAUAGAAAACAGUUACUUUAUUAUAUUAGGAAAAUUUAGAGCAGUUGAUUCUGAUUGUUAAAGGACGACUGUUUAUUUAUGUUUUGUGUUUUAUAAAUUUCAAAAUGUUAAUUUCAAAUGAUGAAUAUUUUGGUGAAUAGGGGCUGGUAGGGUGUAUAGGGAAGUAAGAAGUAGCCUAACCAGAGAGAAUCAGAGAGGUUGACCACAAGUUAUGCUUUUCUUUAGUUUCCUUGUUGUGUAGCAACUUUUCUCUUGAUGAGAUAGGAAACAUGAGUUUUGAGUCCUUCUGUUUUUACUGCUGGAUGAAAUGUAGAUUGUUGCUGGAGUAAUUUGAGUCAUACGUGAAGAGACAGAUGGGUGUCACAGGUGCAGUCGGUAUAUGUUUGGGUAGAAUGUGAUUUCUCUCUGCUUCUUCAUCAAUUUAGACUAAGCUUUCCACAGUGACAGGUAGUUUUUACCACAAACCAACCAGGGAUUUUAAAUAAAGUUUCAAGUGCCUGAGGACAAAUCCUCUAGUUAUUUAGAAAUAAGUUAUCAGAUUGAGCUGAUAUUCCAUGAAUAGGGAUUAGAACAUUGCAAAUAAGAUACUGUUUAUUUUUAUUUAUUUGUUUAUUUAUUUGACAGGCAGAGUGGACAGUGAGAGAGAGAGACAGAGAGAAAGGUCUUCCUUUGCCGUUGGUUCACCCUCCAAUGGCCGCUGCGGCUGGUGCGCUGUGGCUGGCGCCCUGCGCUGAUCCGAUGGCAGGAGCCAGGUACUUAUCCUGGUCUCCCAUGGGGUGCAGGGCCCAAGGACUUGGGCCAUCCUCCACUGCACUCCCUGGCCACAGCAGAGAGCUGGCCUGGAAGAGGGGAAACUGGGACAGAAUCCGGCGCCCCUACUGGGACUAGAACCCUCUGUGCCGGCGCCACAAGGCAGAGGAUUAGCCUAGUGAGCCGCGGCGCCAGGAAGAUACCGUUUAAUGCACAUUAAAACUGUAAUUGGGAACAAAUGCAUGACACCCUUAUUCUAGGGGUACAAUGACAUUCCUCUGUGAGUGUAGGCUUAUGCAUGGCUAUAAUGUGAGACAACCAAGGCACUCGUUGGUGUCAAAAAUAAUAGUAACUAUCCAAACAGUUCAUCCUCAUAUCUUGCUAAAUACUCUGGAUGACUCUAGUACUUAGAUACAUAAGCUGUAUUUGAAUACAACUGUGCUUUACACUUACAUGAAAAGUUACUACUGUUUACAGAGGACUUUCACAUUAUAUCAUAAAACCUUCAUAGCAUUCACACAGAGCAAGUAUUGACUGUAUUUUAUAGAUAGUCUGAGUUCCAGGAAGGUGCACUGAACCAGCAUUAAUUACUAGAACCAGUAAUACAACCCAGAUUACUGCCUGUCGGUAUCAUUAACUUUUUUACUAGAUGACACUAAGAAAUUUCCAAGGUUUACCUAGAUUUUCCAUUAGGCAUGUUGUCUGAGUUUCAUUAGUCUAUUUUCAGGGGAAAAAGUUCAAUCACAAACUAUUCUCACCUUUUUUCUUAAAUAUUUGAUACUAUCAUUGCAGGCAGACGGGAAAAAUAUGAAAGUAGAACAAGAUCAAUUAUCUCUUAAAUAAAACUUCUUUUAAAAGUAUUGUUAUACAUUAUAAUAAAGUUUCAACAUUGUGAGUGUAUUAGAUUUUUCAAAUGUUGCUUCAUGAAUUCUUUAGAAAAUCAUGUGUAGGAGUGGGCAUUCGGCAAGGCCAUUUAGAUGCUGUUUGGGACACCCACAUCCUAUAUCAGAAUGUAUGGGUUCAAGUCCCUGCUUUGCUUCCAAUUCAGCAGGUACGGUUCAAACUUGAAUUCCUGCCACCCAUGUGAGAGAUCUGGAUGAGUUCACAGCUCCUGGCUUCGGCCUUGUCUAGCCUUGGCUGUUGCAGGCACUGGGGAGCGAACCAGCAGAUGGAAGAUCUGUCUCUGUCUCUUCUCUCUUUGUCUCUCUACUUUUCAAAACAUUAAAAAACUAAAAAAAAAAAAUCAUGGAAUAUCAUGUUUAAAGUGAACACUUAUUUGAAAGCUAGUUUUGGGUUCUUACUUUUGAAGUAAUUUUCUUACUUUCUUUACCUUCAAAUUAAUUUAAUGGGCAGUUUCAUUUUCUGUAUGAAAUGAGGAGGCCAUUUGUUCAAAAAGUCAUGUUAGUCUCCAGUUUAGCUGUCUUGGAUAUAUGGCAGAAAAUCAUUGUUUAGAUAUAAAGUGGAACCAAUAAUGUCAUUUAUACAUGGACAUAAUGAUAAUAUCUUUUUUUUAAAAUUUGUUUAUCUCCCAGCCAACUCCAGAAGACUUUGUUAAAGAUAUAGAUGGUGGAAUUGACCAGGACAUAUUUGAUAUCAAUGAAGAUUUGGGACUGGAUCUUUUUGAGGGAGACAUCAAACUUGGGGCACAAGACAGAAAUUCCAUCAUUGGAGAAAUGUAUAGAUGGCCUCACACCAUUCCAUAUGUUCUAGAAGACAGCUUGGAUAUAAAUGCUAAGGGAGUGAUCCUUAAUGCAUUUGAACGCUACCGUCUAAAAACAUGCAUUGACUUCAAGCCUUGGUCUGGAGAAGCUAACUAUAUAUCAGUGAUUAAGGGCAGCGGCUGCUGGUCCUAUGUAGGAAAUAGGCAUGUUGGGAGGCAAGAACUUUCCAUUGGGGCCAACUGUGACCGAAUAGCUACAGUUCAGCACGAGUUUCUCCAUGCGCUGGGAUUCUGGCACGAGCAAUCCCGUUCUGAUCGGGAUGACUAUGUCAGCAUAAUUUGGGACAGAAUUCUGUCAGGCAGAGAACACAAUUUUAACAUCUAUGAUGACGAAGUAUCAGAUUCUCUGAAUGUCCCCUAUGAUUACACUUCAGUAAUGCACUACAGUAAAACUGCAUUCCAGAAUGGAACAGAGCCAACCAUUGUAACAAGGAUCUCAGACUUUGAGGAUGUGAUUGGCCAACGAAUGGACUUCAGCGACUAUGAUCUCUUAAAGCUGAAUCGAUUGUAUAACUGCACUUCUUCCCUGAGUUUUAUGGACUCGUGCAACUUUGAACUGGAAAAUGUGUGUGGCAUGAUCCAAGGUUCAGGAGAUGCUGCUGACUGGCAACGCGUUUCUCGGGCUUCUGGGGGGCCGGAGACCGAUCAUUCCAACAUGGGCCAGUGUGAAGGUUCUGGUUUCUUCAUGCAUUUCGACAGUAGCUCUGUAAAUGUGGGGGCCACAGCAAGGCUGGAAAGUAGAACACUGUACCCAAAAAGAGGAUUUCAGUGCUUGCAAUUCUUUUUAUAUAACAGUGGAAGUGAAGAUGAUCAACUGAACAUCUACGUCAGGGAGUAUCCUGCAGGCAAUGUGGAUGGUAGUUUAACCCUUGUGGAAGAACUGAAAGAAAUACCAGUUGGGAGCUGGCAACUUUACCAUGUAACAUUGAACGUGGCCAACACAUUUAGAGUGGUGUUUGAAGGACGCAGAGGCUCUGGUGCAUCAUUGGGUGGUCUGUCUAUUGAUGACAUCAAUCUUUCAGAAACACGAUGUCCUCAUAACAUAUGGCAUAUAAGGAAUUUCACACAGUUCAUUGGCAGCCCAAAUGGAAGUCUGUAUAGCCCUCCAUUUUAUUCUCCUAAAGGUUAUGCCUAUCAAAUUUACUUAAAUUUAGAAUCUACAACUAAUGUAGGGAUAUAUUUCCACUUGAUCUCUGGAGCCAAUGAUGAUCAAUUACAGUGGCCAUGUCCUUGGCAGCAAGCCACAAUGACAUUUUUGGAUCAAAAUCCUGAUAUUCAACAGCGUAUGUCCAACCAGCGGAGUAUAACUACAGAUCCAUUUAUGACCACCGAUGAUGGAAACUAUUUGUGGGACAGGCCUUCCAGAGUGGGACAAGUGGUGGUUUUCCCUAAUGGAACAGAAUAUAGCAGAGGUAGAGGCUAUGGAACCAGUGCCUUUAUAACCUAUGAGAGGCUGAGAAGCAGAGAUUUUAUAAAAGGAGAUGAUGCUUUUAUCCUACUGACGGUAGAAGACGUCUCUCAUCUCAAUUCCACACAAAAUCAGCCAGUUCCAACCUCUAGCGUUGAUGACCUCUGCUCAGAAAUCACAUGUGAGAAUGACGGCAUCUGCACUGUCAGAAACGGCAAAGCUGAGUGCAGGUGUCCAUCAGGGAAGGAUUGGUGGUACUCAGGAGAAAGGUGUGAAAAGAGAGGUUCAACCCGAGACACCAUUGUCAUUGCUGCUUCCUCUACUGCCGCUGUGUUUGCUGCAAUGCUAAUAGUCACUCUUGUCAGUGUCUACUGUACCAGGAAGAAAUAUCGUAAGAAGACGAGUUCUAACACAACAGCUAUGACUCUGGAAACUCAACAUGCUUUUUGAAGAUUAACUCAACAAUACAGCCAACCAAUGAAAUUUACGAAGAUCUUUCUUCAUGGACUUCAUCUCAGUUACAUCACAACCACCUCAUUUUUCUAAAAAUGAAUCUUUUCUGUCAAUAGUUGGAUGGACUAUAAAUCAUCAUUUUGGUAAAAGUCAACUUGAUGAAAUGUUGCUUGUGUUUCUUUUGUAUUUUUUAAUGAGAGGAAGCAAUUCAGACUCCACUGGGAGGGUAAUGCUGUCAAUAAAAGAGAGCACAAUUAGAGACAGCUUUCCAAACUACUGAUCCUUCUCUCUGGGGGUCAAGUGAGUCCCCAGAAACAUGAUCUUCCAUGUGGAAUCUCAGCAGUAGCAGAGCUGUCCUGUCCUGACUCUUUGGUGAAGCGUGCCCAAGCGUUUUUCUGUUAAAAUGCUGAUUACCAGUCUACAGACACUGUCACCCCAGGAAGAUGUUGUCAUCUUUCAGCUCUUCAGAAAGUCAAUAAGCAAAAUGCCUCGUGCAUCCCGAAGAAAAUGUGGCUGUGACCUUUGCUCUUGACCAACUCCUUUUGCUUUGACUUGACCACUUCUACCUCUUGGCAGCCAUUGUUUUGAUUGUGCUUUUCAUAAAACAUUAAUGAUUUUACCAUUA